AUGCCCUCCCUGACCAAAGUUCAAAAAUCCAUCACCAAAAAGCGCUCCCACGCCUCCAAGCCCUCCGCGCUCCACGCCAAAUCCCGCGACGCGCACCGCCUCCAACGCGCCUCAGACCGGGACGCCCGGCUCUCCCGCCUCGCCCACGCGCGCUCAAAGCAGCACGCCCCCCUCGUCGCCCGCAUAAACUUCUUCCGCACGCUCAUCAUCUCAUCCACCGACCCGACCGUUCCCCACACGCCAGGAGCCCCGCUAGACGUAUCCUCAACGCAGGCCCUUAUCACGCGCUUCCUCUCGCGGCACGAUGCCGAGACCGCGGAGCUGAAGGCUUCGCGGCGGCCCGGGAGGGCAGGGAGCGCGAGGGAGGAGGCAUUGAGAGGGGAGCGGGAGCGGGAGGAGAGGGAGUACGAGAGUGGGUUCUGGGUGCCGGAUUUGGGCGAUGCAGAGAAUAUCGUCAUGUUGGCGGCCUGGACGGGGGAUUGGGUGGGAUUGAACAGAGUUAAGUUUGUUAGGGUCAAAAGGGACGGAGGCGUUGCGGCGAGUAGUUUUCCGCCGAAGGGCUUGUCGUGA